UUUUUCGUAUUAUUAGGAGAGCAUACGUGUUUCUGCUGUCUUUGCCUGUUCUGUAAUGUUGGCCUGUUACCUGUAUCCCCCUUCUUGUCCUGGGGAAAUCCUCUACAAACUGACCUACCAUUUCGGUUAUUGAGGUUUCCCCAGAAUAGGAUUGUCAGGUUCUGGUAUGAAUCAGUUGUUGAGGUUAAGAAGUAAAGGGAAGUAGGAUGUUAAAUAUCAUAUUCUGUGGUGAUAACAACCUUGGUUUCAGUAUGAGAUCCAUAUACUUGAGCACAGACUGGGAUUUUCCAUAGGAAACAUUCCCCAGGAUAAAAGACAGCUAGGAGAUAUAUGGCUCUUUAAUAUGAUCAUCAGAAGAGAGACACGUGAUUGAAAUUUAUUUGAAUAAUUACAGUUUCCAUAUACGUCUGAUCCACAGAUCAGUGCCCAGGUUCAAUGGGAUGAUGGAAAAUAACAUCAGACAGACUUGGGCUGGCACCAGCACCAUUACAGUUCCUGAAGCAUGUGCAAGGAAGCACGUUGACUUUUUAAAUGUUUCUUAAAUGUUCUGCAGCCUGGAUUUUUGGCAAAAAAUGACCUGUGCUAAUGGCUACCUGGUCAGGGAUUCCUUAAAAUAUCCUGAUUCCAAAAAGUGCUUCCCUCCCAGAAAUCAGGCCUCUUUAGCUGAACCUGUUAAGACUGAGGCACCCAACUUUGUCAAACACCUACAAAACAUUAAUCUUUUGUUUUAUGUCACCCUGUGUCUUGCCAAAUGCUGAUGCAAGCUCUGCUUCACCAGUAUGAUUCAUUUAGGGUUAUAACAUGGGUAGACAUAGAGGAUUCUGGAGGAUUCGAUGUAGUUAUGUGAUUCUUUUUCUGUGGUACAGCUGUGUGGUGUCAGCUCUUGCAGGAUAUAGGAAGACAAGAAACCAUAUUCAUGGGCUGAAGACUGGAAAGAGGAUUCAUUGACAGGUUUUGUAGUCUUUCCUACCCCAUUCCUAAAGUGAAGUCUUCCUUUUCCACUGUGUAGCCACAGUACAGCCUAGCUGUAUGAUUACUGCAGGCAAGAGAUGAACACAGUCCACUUGGGAGAAACAACCCUAAAGUCUUGGGGAUGUCUGUUUUGGGCACCUUCCUGGGAUCCAUCUGUGUUUGACUAACAUCUUUUGUGUUUGGAGUCAAAUGCCACGGUCCCUAAGGAAUUCACACUGUGAAUCUUCUUUGGUUUAUCCUUGUUCAGGAAGGUGUGAGGAUCAUGGUUGUCAUGCGUUUGAGAAGUGAUUGCAGGUGUUGUUUACAGUUGCAGCUUUUUGUGAUCUCUUAUUGUGCAAAACCUGUAAAAUAUGUUUUCAUAAGGGAAAAAGGCCACUUCCCAAGUGCGGUAGAAGCAUCUCUAUUGAUGUGGAGUACUUGCUGCUGCUCUCUUUGCCUCUCUUUGCCUUUCUGCUUCCUCUGGACAAGCACACUCACUCAUAAACAGCUGGCAAGUCCAGUAAUAUGUUUUCUAAAGUGAUUUGUGAAUGGCUACUGGUUCUCCAGUGCAAUGGUUCGAUGUAGAAGGGGAGAAACCAAUGACUGAUGACAUUUUCACCAGCAGUUGGGUGCUCUCUACCCCAGAACAUCAGUGUCUCUGGCCUGAGCAGUCAGAGGAGGAAGCGGGCAGAGUUAGCAGGCAGUUACUUGAAAGCGGAUGUGCUUUUACCACAGCACUAGGACUUAAGAAAUGAAGAAAGGACUUUGUUAGAGUCCUCAGAGCACUGGCUAAAUGCUGAGACUUUGGGAUCAGUAAGCAGUGACAUUGGAGACUUCUUAAUAAAUUGGAUUAUAAUUAGGGACUUGGAAAAAAAAAUAAGUCACUAAGUACCUCUAGAGAGGCUUGUAUUGGCAUGGAUGACUGUGAUAGUGAAAAUGCAAGUCACUUUGCAGGAGUGACAGAAGUAUGGUGCAAGUCCUAGCAAGGAGAAGAGGGAGGGACAAAGGAAGGGUAUGUGGCCUGGAGACAUCAGCAGAGCAUCAGCACCUCCUUAUCCACAGAGGGUGGCAGAGUCCUGAAAAUUCUUAAAUAACUUUGAGACUGAGACAGAAAUGCUAACAGGAUGAUGAGCUGUGACACAGGGCAAAUAAGCAUUAGCAAGUCAGGAUGAGUACCUUAAAAAAUGGAAGAGGGAAAGCUGGAAACAAACUAAGGAGGAAGAAAAAUUUUUCUUGUAGCUUUUGCCUGCUUUUGGGAUGAAAUCACAUCACCAGCUUUGUCACGCUGUCCAAAUGCAUUUUCACUGGUAGCUGAUUGACAAUCUGAGGUGAAACCGGUUGAAUGAAACAUACUGGUGCACAGCCUGGGGGUGCAAGGGGCCAGGGCAUGCCACAGGGCAUGGGAGGAAAUAGGGUUUCUUGCAUUGGCCGAAAAUCAGCCAGUAUUGCAAGGCACAGCGAGCACGUGGUCAGUCUCUGUAGUUGAACCAGCCAGCAGCAAACAGCCGGUAGAGAGCAAACGGCAGGCAGUGAGGUGCGCUGUGCAGGGGCAGAGGGAGGGGCGGCUCUGGGGGUGGUCAGGUGGGCUCUGUGGAUUCCAUGUCAGCAGGGCAGGCUCUGUGGAGUUUGGGCCGAGUGCUGCUGCUGUGUCACUGCUUACACUGAUAAGAGAAGGGAGCAAGUUGAGGAGGAAGGAUAUGAUGAGCUAUGUUAGCAACCCAAUGGCGGCCUCACUGCUUUUCAUACUGUGGGUGGGUAUGAGUCAAACCAUUUGGGUGGUAAUGGGAGCUUCAUGGUGAGUCCUCAGUAAUAACCCUUGCUAGAGGGGUCAGCAUAUGAGCCAUGGAUGAGCUAAUGCAGUGAGCCAGCUUUGCUUUGGCUCAGAGCAGGUAGAAUUUGCUCAUCUCUGUUCAAGUUGUACAGUGCCUUCAUCAGGAUAGGGAAGGGCAGCUGGGGAAUCAUUUUAAGUUACAUGGAGAGAGAUGGGAAGAUUUAUAUUCCUUCUACUGUAGAAGACAGCAUGUUGGUGUAGGCCUGGUACAACAGCAUUCCCUGCACUGAGGUAGGGUGAGUUUUUUGUUUUACUGGCAGAGCUUAUGCAAGCACUGCUUGCAACCUGCAGAAGGACAGUGCUUGGAGGAGAGAGAGCAGGCAACACAAGACCUGGUGGAAAGCAAACCUGUAGUCAGAGAAGGCAAAUAGGCUUUGGGAACAACUGGAUAAAAAUGCAGGAAAACACACAGAUAUACCCAAUUCUCAACUGCCUCUCUGGAAACUUCAUCUAGAAAUGAGAGGUGAAGUUACAUCUGGAGAGAAGUCUACGCCAUUAUUUUAAAAAUAUACCAGAAUGGAUGCAUUAACAAUAUGAUAAAUAUUUUCAGAGCACAUUCCUCCCUUGCCUGUAUUCCUCAGUGGGUCACCUCUUCUUGAUAUCCUGUUUCCUCAUUUCUCUUAUUUUGUUCUUGAAGGAAAUGCUCCUUAUGUAUGAACACAGCUGGCUUUAGUAGGACUGUGGGGAGGCAAAGUUUGCUUUUGAGUUCUUCCCUCACACAGGAAAGGAAAACUGGCUCCUCAGAGACAUUGUGGACGAUAUUGGCAGUAGUAACUUGUUUCUGGCCAUGGUACAUGGUUUUAAUUAUGCUUUCUUACAUGUCUGUCUUAUGAAAGCUUGGCCAAAUGCUCCAUUUUUUAUUUUUGGAAAUGCCACUGUAGGUCAACAUCAUCAAUCCUGGAUACAAAUGGUUUGCUCAAAAAUCCAGCAUGUUUCUGUGCCUUUUGGCAAUAUAUCAUGAUGCUUGCUGCCCAGUGAGACUUUUCUCUAGUAAGCACAGGGGAACCUUUUCCCUUUUGUUUGUUUGUUUGAUCUCGCUUAUUUAACUGCUGGUCAUUCAGCCUUACUUAGUUUUGCCCUCCCUGGCUUUUUGUGACCAUUAGAAUGGGAAUAAUUACUGUGAGGGGUUUUUUUUCUUGCUUUUAAACAUUUAUAACAUCCACUUAGGAAAAAAAAUGGUCAAAUGCGUUCUGUUUUAGUCUUCUCUUUCGCUACUGCAAUAAAAAUUAAUCCAAUUCUAGCACUUGGGGGGGCAGGAGGCAAAGCUGCAAUAUUGGUUUUGCAUUAGCCAUUCCUGUUAGCCAGCCCAUCUGUGUUAUGACCUUUGCUUGUUGUCCAGUGGGGAUUUUGGGCAUUUUUGUCUUGUGAUUUUUAUAUGGGGUAUACACAGGAGAAGAGACACAGGACAGGCUUGAAAGGGGUGAUUUUAUUAUGCUUUUUGUUUCUGUCACUGCUGCAGUGAUAUGGGUGUCUCUAGUAGUCCUCUAGUUGAUAAAGACUUCACACCCCAAUUCACCGUGCUUGUUCUUGCUGUGACUAUAGCCUCCUUUUUUGGCCUGGACUGCAGCAGAGACAGAAAUGUCAAACAGAAAUGUUGUCCCCCUUCCCCAUUUCUGAACUGACAGACGAAGAUCAGGGGCAGUAUAGAUCUCUGAAGAGCCAUUUCUUUUGCCUUUCACAAGUAUGUGGAGUGAAGAUUUUAAGUCUUGGAGGGCUGCUGCUUUCCUGUACAAGGAGGUGAUACCAAGUUUAGCAAAGCUGAAGCCCUCAUUUUAUUCAUAAUUUCUGGAGAAUAUGCAAAGCCAAUCCAGAAGCCUUGUUACCCCACUGUAGGGUUUACACUGGCGGAAGACUUCACUCCCCAAAUAGAGACAAACUCUGUGCUUCGAAAGAUCCUUGGCCACGCAUUUUUUGCAGUCAGAGUGUCAGUGACUCAGUUGAUGUUUUGAAUAAAGUCUGAAGGGUCAAACUGCCAUGUGGAGCCCCUUGAUAAAACAAGGAUUUCCAGGCAUCACCACGUUCUUCACUUGUAUGGGUGUCCACACAGGCAGGUGUGCAGGACAUGGGGCAUCUGUAACUUCAGGGAAGGUUGAGGGAAACUGCAAGUGCUCCAGGUACCUGAAAACCUAGAGCAUGGUUUGCUGAUCAUUUUGCCUGCUUUGUUUCACUUGUAUCCUUUGUUAACAAAGAGCAAUCUAGAGGGAAAUAGUCUAUUAUUAAUAUUUAAUUUCCUCCUAUUACUGUAAGCAGAUGACCUAAAAGAUCAUUUAGCCAGCAGCCAAUAAUAAAGCAAAUAGGGGGAACCAGAAAAAGUAUGUCUUGUUUAGAUGGGUAAUGCGUCCUUCCUCCUCUCUUCCCUGCUCCACCCAGCCACAUCUCUUCAUCCUUUGAUAGGAAGCAGGAGUGAGGAUGCUCUCUGGCACCAUCAAGCGCACUGGCUUCAUGUGAACAGUCAGAGGCAGGGGAAGCUGCUCUAUGUGAAGUGUUCAUAAAAUACUGAACUUUCGAAAGGAAACUAUUGAGCAACUCAGAAAAAUGCUACUGCUGCCUUCCCUCUCAUUCUCCCUGAAAGGAGAGCUGUUCUCAUUGUUUUACAGCCUGAGUUGUUUUGCAAAUUUGUGUACUGCCUCUGAGCAGAUCGGUUCAUUUAUUGUGACUUGAUCCUCUACAGUAAUGGGGAGAGCCAAAAUUUCUUAAAGUCUUUGAUUUGAAAGAUAGGGAAAUUCUCUUUGAGCUGAAGGGAUUUCAAAGAGAGGAUAAAAACUGACAAGCAUCUCCCCCUCCAGGCUUUGGAAAGCAGGAAACAAAUGAUUUAGCAGCACCAAUUUUUGCUCUUACAGCCAUGUGUGAAUUCAAGGGUUUUCCCUCAGGGAGUUAGGUAAUCUGUAUGUGGCUGGUACCUGAGAAGGGUCAUGUUGUCAAAAGGAGAUGCUAGAUUGUGAUCUUUGGAAUGAGCCUUGAUGAAGACUCCCCUGGCCUCGUGAGCUGCCUGCUGCUCUGCUUACCCCAUCCUAAAGCAGACAAGUAGAAACCAAUCUUCUCUGGAGCCCGGGGAGGCGGCAGCCUGUCACUUUUGUGCCCACAGACUGUCUUAGGUGCCCUGAGGGCUGCUGAUCCCCUAGAGAUUUUGCUGGUAUCUGUGAGUAGCUGUCAAACUGAAGUGUCACAGACAUUGUCAUAUGUGUCAGUCUGGCAUGCAGAGCAGAGGGCUUCUUCCCUGUACCAGUGUGGCAGAGUGUGGGCAUCCAAAACUGGGAUGCCUGAGCUGAGCCUGAAGGGGCCAAGCGCAGGAAAUGAGCUUGUUUGAGGUGGGGGAUGUGAACCAAGCAGUGGCCAAGGGCUUGCCUUCAUGCUUUGGGUGCUCAGGAGAGAGAAGGGGCAGCACCUUAGUCCAAAGCCAACUGGAGAUGCCAAACAAAAGCUUGCUUGGGCUCCAGUGCUGAAUAGCUUCAUGGGAACGUGCUGUUCAGAUGCUUUAUUGAAUUUUCAAGGAGCAGUUUUUCAUUGGGGCUGAAAUAUGAGAGAGAACAGAGUGUUCCAAGUCACUAAAAAUGAACAGAGCAACAGCUUUACAGGUUCGUGAGUGGCAAAAAAAGGUUUAUUUAAUAAUGGGGCAAAGACCGGAACAUAGCCCAGGGUAUCAAGAAGGAAUUAAUCCAAUUAACAAAAUAAAACACGGGCUUAAGAAGAAAUACUAAUUGUAGCUGCCCAGCAGGUUGUGUGAUACAGGUUAUUUUUCUUAAGCUUCAAGAAGCUUGCAGUAUUGAUCCCUCAAGGGCCUGAGAUGUUAAAUAUACCACUUCCCCGGUGAGUAAAACUGAUUGUUAAUUAAUUUUGACUUGUCAGACUUGGUUGCGGAGCCUUUGGAUCUUGCAUGUAGUAGAUGAUUCUAAAAUAAAUUUUGUAUUGCCUCUGGAUGUAUGUCUUCUUCUCCAGGUGGUCUGUAUUUCAUUUUGUCCCUGUGCAGUAAAUUUCUAACCUUAUGAGCAGAAAGACUGAGCCUGUUCUUUUUUAAAAGCAAGUUCCAAAUACUUCUACAAUUAAUGAUGUGUUGUCACGUUGGGUGAAAGCUAUAGUGGGCUGACACUGUGAGAGAUGAAGAUGAUGAGAUGAGCGAGUUCAGGUUGAACAUGUGAACCUCCCAGGUUGUGGCAUCUUCUGUAAGUAGCAGGUGAGGCCUCUGAUGUGCCAGGGUUGUGUGGCUAAUAAUUGCAUUUUCUAAUGUCAGUGGCAACUGCAGAAGCACUGGUGCUGAAGAAGACACAAAAUGCUGGUUUGUUGGGGCUGGGACACCUGCUCAGCUCCAGUCAUCUCUCUUCUGAGAUAUGCUGGCUCUGCAGAACUCUCUAACGGUUUUCCAGCCCAUCUGAGAGCAGAGGAUUGGAAGGACAUGUUGUCCUGUCCUGGCAUAACAUCUCACAGAUUGCUUCAUAAUAAAUGGCUAGGGCUUGGGUUGAAGAAUCAGGCCACUGUUUGUGAGGCGGGGGAUAGUAAACAAGGAACUAAACAAAUUCAGAGAUAAAAAAUUCAAAUUUAACAUCAGACCAUGAAACAGUUGAAGUAGAAACUUAAAAGCUCUGUUGUGUCAGAAAACAGUAAGUGAUGGGGUCAUUAAACUUCCUAUUCCAGCACUGUGCUUUUUCAGGAUACGUGCAGAGCUGUAGGCAAUUCCAGUUUUGUCUUUGUGCUGAAUGAUUAGUAUAUGGGGGAAAGACUAUCCGAGUAAUUUCACUUCAAUCCUCUUCACUGAGGUGUAUGUGGUAUGAAUAUGAGGGGCAAGAACAACGUAGCAGGACUUUAAGUAGAUCUCAGCGUCAGGUUUAAUGUGACCAGUUCUCAGGCUGACUCCUUUCAAAAACCAGUUACUUCAGUUCUUUUGACUUCAUCUCAGAGUAACUUGUCAGGGUGUUUAUGGUGGUUUUAUUUUACAUAGCAGUUGUUUUGGCCCAAGGAUGUCACAGUAGUUUGUUAGUUUUUUCUUAAUUUGUUGUGCCACUGGAGUUUGGUCAGGAGCUUGACCUGCAUGGAAACAUGUGAGAAUGUUCAGAAACAGAGGGGUGUAUGCUUCCUGCUCCAUGGCCAGAGUAUUAUCCCCUCACUGUCUUACUGCCAUGAUGCCAAGGGACAUGGGAGCUUGCACCCACUUCAGAGCCUUCAGGCACAGCCAUGUGUCAUACCCCUGACAGGCACACACACUGUCUGUCUCUUAACAGGCCUGUUUUGCUCACUGUUUCCCUUGUUUGGUUGGGUUUUUUCUUCCUACCAACUUUUGCCUGUCCUGUUUUUCCCCUUUCUUGCUCACACACAUGCACAAAGCACUGUUUAUUUUUCAUCUUGUCCUUUCUGUUUUCUCUCCCUCCAGAUUUUCUUUAUUUCUAUCUUACAUUAAUUCUAAUCCCCUCCCUGGAAGCCAGGCUGGGAGGGGUUAGCUUCCAGCAUCACUGCCUUGAAACGAACCUAUUGGGAUUUGUAAUGGACAGUCAGAUGCUAGCAGAGCGAUGUAGGAGCGUAUUACUGACAUCCCUGAAAUUCAAGAAAGUGGAAGCAAUCUUCAGGUCAGCAGAAAAGCAGAGUUUGUACUAAAGGAAGAUAGGCAAUACAGAGACUUCUUGGGGUUUUUUUGUUCUUUAGAAAAGAUUAAAUGGAUGAUUUUUAUCUUCCUUUUAACAGCUAGAUCACAAACUAGUAUCUUCUGUUGAUUUCUUCCACACAAACCAAACCAAACACAUAGACAAGAUUGCUGAAGGUAGAGAAAAAGCUAGGUCUUUGAACCACGUCCAAACCACCAAGAAUCAUUCACUUUCCUUUCAAAUGCAGCAUUAGCAAUAGAGCUCUAAAUCAAUGAAAGGUCUAAAAUUAGAUUAUAUUCCUGAGAUCAGAUGUGAAUCACAAGUUAAUCAUAUUUUCUUUUAUUAUCACUGUCUUUACCCUUUUAUUUUAUCCUGAGAAAUUAGGUUUCUGACUUGAAAACUGAGUAAACUGUGAAGGCAUGAAACUCUGCUGGGUUGGACCAUACUAAAUCACCUGUGGAGGGAGCCCCAAAAAUCUUUUGGUUUGGAGGUUCAUGUUGCAUCCAAAACUGAGCUGAAGUGAUUUAUCAGUUAGUGCAGUGUGUCCCUCUCUUCCCCAGCCCUCUGAUGUUUCAAGUAGCUGUCUUCUUAAAGUAAUGAGAAAAUAUUGCUGCAAAAUCUUGCUAAAAAAGAUUAAAAACCCCCUCUGGAAGUGACAGGGUAGGACAGCAAACAGUUUAUCUCUUGACUGUGGCACAAAGCUCAGGGAAAUGUAUUCUUCAUUGCUAUGAUUUUAGCUGAAACUGGUGAAGUGCUCCCAUGUCUGAAAGCAGAGGUACAAGAUGACCUGCAAGAUCAGUGUGCGAGUGAAGCUUGCAGGCAUGUAGGUGGUAUGUAUCUUGUUCAUAUGAAACAGCAGCUGUAGGGACUAUGAUUCCUUGCAAGCAGCACCAGCUUCAGUCCUAGAUUUGUGUGGAUGAUACUGCAGGGACACGAAUGUAUACUUGAGAGAUGAUGUUGGUAUUUGUGCCUAUGUGUGUGUUUCUAGGGGAAGUGUAUGUUGCUGGAUGUGAUUCUGGCUGGUUGUAGUCGAAGAAUGAUGCUGACCUGAAUCUGUAGAUGCAACAAGCACUAUGGGCAAGACAAUGGCAGAGGAAACUACAAGUGAAGAAGUUGAAUGUUUGCUUCAGCUAAAGAGACGAUUUCCCCAGUCCUAGUGGGAAAAGGUGAAGAAGAGAACCAGAAGAUGUUGCUAGUAGGUAUGUACAUGACAGGAAGCCAUGACUAGCACCGUGAUUGUCACAGGAAAGAAAAAGUCACAGCCGACGUGAUGCUACCAUAAAAUACAGUUUCUGUGUCAUGUUGCCUGCUGGACUUUGUGGCCUGGGGAGCAGUGUAUGUCUAUGUGAGGUAAUCUCCUGUCCAUUCAUCUGCUGGAGUUUGAAUUCUGCAUCUGGUUAAUCCACUUUGCUGGAGUUGGCAAGCCCUGUUUGUUUUUUUCUUGGCACCCGCUACUGUAAAGAUCGUGAACAGCUAUGGGGAGAAAAGGUGGUGUGUAAGCAACCUUCACUGGCUGGCAACAGAAUCCUCUUCAGCCCCCAGGCAGCUUUGAGGUGUCUUGGCUCUUCAGUGCUCUGCAGAUAUGAACGCUGAGCUUUUCUGGCACGUUCUCACAUCAGCCUGGUCGUUCUCACCAUGCUAGUACAUGGGAAAGAAGACUUCCUCUCAGAUGUAGCUUACAUCAUCCUGGAACUGGUCAUUGCAGUGCUGGCCAUCCUGGGGAACAUCCUGGUCUGCUGGGCAGUCUAUCUGAAUAGUAACUUGCAGAACGUCACCAACUAUUUUGUGGUGUCCCUGGCUGCUGCUGACAUUGCCGUGGGUGUGCUGGCAAUCCCCUUUGCCAUCACCAUAAGCACUGGCUUCUGUGCCUUCUUCUAUGGCUGCCUUUUCAUUGCCUGCUUCGUCCUGGUCUUGACUCAGAGUUCAAUCUUCAGCCUCCUCGCUAUUGCCAUUGACAGAAUCAUUGCAAUCCGCAUACCCCUCAGGUACAAUGGCUUGGUGACUGGCUCUCGAGCUAAAGGUAUCAUUGCCAUCUGCUGGGUAUUAUCUUUCAUCAUCGGCUUGACACCAAUGCUAGGGUGGCACAAUCGUUCCCAGAUUGAAGAGCUGGGUUCCAAUAAGACCUCUCCCAUCAACUGCAGCAACAGUAUGGUGGCAUGUCUCUUUGAGGCUGUGGUCACCAUGGAGUACAUGGUCUACUACAACUUCUUUGCCUGUGUGCUCCUGCCCCUCCUCCUCAUGUUUGGUAUCUACUUGAAAAUCUUCAUGGCAGCCCGGCGGCAGCUCAAGCAGAUGGAGAACAAGAUGGUACAUGGGGAACGUUCUCGCUCCACUUUGCAGAAGGAAGUCCAUGCAGCUAAGUCUUUAGCUAUCAUUGUCGGGUUGUUUGCAGUCUGCUGGCUUCCGCUGCAUAUUAUUAACUGCUUUACCCUUUUUUGCCCAAAUUGUGCCCAUGCUCCCCUCUGGCUAAUGUAUCUGGCUAUUAUCCUGUCUCAUGCCAACUCGGUUGUAAAUCCUCUAAUUUAUGCCUACCGAAUCAGGGAGUUCCGAUACACCUUCCGCAAAAUCAUCAGCCAGCAUAUCUUGGGCCGGAAGGAGCCGUUCAAGGCAGGAACAGCCAGCUCUAGGACUUCCACUCACGGCGGGGAUGCAGAGAAUGCCAGCAUACGAAUCAGCGAGUAUGCCUUAGAGGUGUACACCAAUGGAGAAAUCCACAGGGAUCCUGAAAAACAGGACUUAAACAAAUGCAAAGUUGGCUUGGAAUGGCACCAGAAUGGAAAUGCUCUGGAUGUGGAGACAAAUGGGCAUCUCCCACAUUCCUGCAAAAAUGGGAUUCUCUCAGAUGCAUGCAUGAACAGGGAGCCUCACAGUGAAGAGCUAAUUGAUGCCCAGGUGUCUUACUCAGAUCUGGAAAGAGCAGCCUUCGCAGCAGCUGAUGUUUCCUGAUGAGACUUUCAAAGUCUUCCUGGUAGAAUUAUUUUUUUUUCCAUUGGUGACCUCUGCCAUGGCAGAAAGGGAGGUUGGGGGGUUGGGGGAGAGGUGUGUAUUCAGAUCGCUGUGGAGAAAGGGGUCCCCACCCAGGACAGUUGGGAUGAUCCUAAAUACUAGACUGGAGAAAAGUCAAGAGACCACUGAAGUGGACUAAGGAAGGAGGGACAUGUUACCCGUCAAUGACCUGACAUCAAGAGCAGUGCCAAGGUCAAAGAUGGUUUUCCAAGUUCAGCACUGGGAGACUCUGCUGGUGCAGGGCAUAUCAUGACAUUAUGCUGUACUGUGUAUCUGUGGUUGUAUGUCGGUUUUGCUGUCUUUACCAACAGAAAUAAAAGCAUGGCUGGAAAUACCCACUGAAUUGGAAAGGGCAUUUUAGUACUUUGGCCCUGCAACAAACAGAAGGGGGAUAGCAACAUCUAUUGGUCAGGAGGGAUGCCAGCAACCGCUUGGAGAGGGAAGGAAUUCACCUGAUGGGAACUUCGGAUACCUUCAACCAUGGCGUUUCGUCUUUCAGUUCAUGUUUUUGAAGCUUAUACUGCAACAGGUUGCUCGAAUGUGGUUGUGUUUUUUUCUUGUCUUGAUAAGAUUACUUUGUGUUAAGUUAUAAAAGAUGGGCAAGAACUCAUAUCCAUUCCCUGAGUGCUCAAUGUUCCAGAUGCACAAGGCAAAUAUAACCUCAUAGCAGCUCUCCACUUUGUCUAACAAAUAAUGAAAACAGAGUCUGUAAUAUGGAUUUCCCUCAGCAAAAGGGCUGUUAGCAGGACUUGGUGGUGCAGAUAGUGGAUAAGCAGGCCAGGUUGUGGUCUGUGUCUGUCACCAGGGUGCUCGUGCCCCAAGGUGUUGUGAAGAGCUGUCGGGUGUGUGAGCUGUCUGUAGGCUGGUGGGCACUGUGUGCUUUUUCUCCCUCUCUCUGUGCUUGUAAUUCCUGAGCUCCUAGAAUGCAGAUUCUUUCCAGGACCCCAAAUGUGUGUGAGAGGAGAUAAUUUUAUGUAGUUUCAUGGUUUUCAUCCUCAAUCAAAAAGCUGUGAGAUUUUGUUUCUUCUUUCUUGGGGUAGGGAGGAACACACGCAUACCUAACACUUGUUUUUGGAAUUCAAAUGAGCUCUUUUCUCCUGUGAUUUCAGAUUUUCCUGAUGUGUUUUACUGUGAAGCCUGAUGUGCCCCUGUGGUGCAGAGGCACCAACAGAGCUCAAUCUGUUAGAAGAUGCUCCUACUCUGAGAAGCUGAAAGACGACAGUAGUAGAAAUCAUCCUAGAAACUGCAGUAGUCUGAAGAGAACAGGCAAAUCUGUGCUGUGGGAAGUGUAUGCACUGAUGUGGUUUGUUGUAGAGGUGUUUCAUGGCAGUUUGAUAAUUCUCUGUAUCACUUCUGAGGCCUGGUAGCUCAAGGACAGCAGGAUGCCAUGUCAGCUUGAAUUCUACCUAAAGAUUGUCUGGGUUUUGUUUUCCAGAUAAUUAUCUAUGUCCAAUACCACCAGCCUUCUGGAGAGACAGGCAGUAACGGUCCUACUGAAGAACUAAAAUCUGGUAAUUCCAGGCAUCUGAAGCUUAUUCCCUAGCUGAAAACACCAGAAAUAUCAUCCCCUGAACCUGGCUUCUCCUUGUGACUGUCCAUUAACAUUUCAGAAGCCGAAUAAUUUUAUCUUCAGAAAGGAAAGGGGAGCUGGAUUUUGAUAUUUGAGGAAGAGCAGGUUAGGUUUGUGUGUUCUUAUUCCAUGUUUACUUUAUAUAUUAUGAACUAUUAAAAUGAAAAGUCAGGUUUAUAUGAGGAGAAUUUUCUUUUUGCCAGUCUCCCUACAUGAAGGUGGGGAGUUGUUUAUAGUGCCAAACGUGUUCAAGUAUGUAACUGCUCCAGGUUAGCACAAAGCUUACUGUGAGGUCGAUAAAAGAUGUGGCUGGCCACCACAAUCCUUAGCAGAAAGACAGAUAAGUUUGUAGAACAAUAGACUUCACAUUUUAGUUGAAUUGCUGCUUUCUUGGCACGGCUCUUCCAUAUAGUCUAGCGUCAGAGGAGUGGAUUAUCACUCCAGCACUAUUAACAAACACUAAGCCCUUGCCCUGUGGCUGACGUUGUAGGUAGCUCCUCUGCAGGGUGACUUGGGAUCUGGUUACACUUGAUCUUUCUUGAUGGAACAUUUCUGUAGGUUAUUUGUGGGGUGGCUCCUCUGACCUCCUGUAACAGUAGCAGAGGAACUAAGUCAGGAAAAUGGGGGUCUGAUCUCUUCAGGCCUCAGUUGGGAGCUGAAAUGUUUCUAAGAAUAACACAAAAUUACAUCCGGUAUUCAUGUCAAUAACAAUUAGGUCCACAAAGAAGCAGAGCGGGGAAGGAAGUGUGGGAAAAUACCAACAUCGCUCAUGUGCUGGAACACACGCAAGUGCAGAAGUGUCUCCUAUUGAGCUGUAGUUGCCAUUGAAAAGGGAUGUUUUAUACCACAUUGCAUCAGACUUUCAACAGCUGAUGUGGGUUGGUUGCUUUCUAUUGUUUCCUGAGCUGCUUCACGCUCAAUUAUGGCAGCUUCUUGUUUUGUUGCCACAAGAAUCAAGUUGAUCUAUGUUGAUGCAACAAGAUUGUCAAUCCAGAAAACUUGCCUGCCCAACCAGAUUGCCAUGCGAGCUUACUGAGCUCCAGAUGCCUCGAAAUUAGCUUUUCUGUUGCUGUUUGAGGUGCCCCCCAGGUGUGUCCAGUCCCUUUCAAUAUUAGUGAUCCAGAUUUGAAAUGAAAAGAGUGUGUGAAGGGGCUGGGAAGUAUGCAGAAGGAACUGCAGUGGAGGUAAGGAGGCAGCAUCUUUUAUAUACAGUUGGAAGUCUGUAGUAACAGGAAGGAAGGGAUAGCAAUUGCACCACAUGCUGUGUGCCUUCUGGCAAACAUAUGUCUGAGAUGGACCUUCAGAAGAUGUUUCCAAAGCAGUUGUUGGGGGGAGCAUGAGCCUUUUGAACAGAAUUUUGGACUUCUUAUUUUUUCUUUCGUAGGGAUUGUGAUUUCAAGGCUUGCGUAUUUUAUUAUAUUUUUUUAUUAAAAAAAGAAGCUGUAGGGUCCCUUCGAUGAAGUGUGCUCUUUCCUUCUCCUGGCAGCACUCUCCACUGUCGAGAAAAGUACCUGUCUUCCAAACUGCAUAGGGGAGGGAUCAUUAGAAAAGUGAAAGUUAAAUAAUUUUUACUAACCUCCCCACUCAUAUCCCCAUUUUCCUUCCAGCUGGAGAAUGUUCAGCUGAUGAAAUGUAGCUGUUCUGGAUAACCAAAGAUGGUACCAAGACAAAGGGAAGAAUGAGGUGACUAUCAGGAGAGGCUGGAGAAGACCUCCUUGGGAAUGCAAGGUGCAGUGGGUCCAGAGAGUAAGAGCUGGGGUAAGAAGAGACUAAUUGCUUUGAGCUGGAACUUCUUACUAAAAAUGGCUAAAGACCCAUAGAGAGAUGUGGUGCCUUGUUUGGUGUGAGGGCAUUCCAUGAAUUUCACCAUUCCCUGAAGACUCUUAGGCUCCAGAGUUUAUUUGCUUUAUAGGCUUUUGGAGAAAGUAAAGUUUGAUCAGUUGCCAGGAGUAAUUUUAUCAAGGGUUCUUCUUGGGGUGCUCUCCUCGAUAGGACACUGCUUUUUGUGUGUGCAAAUAAAUGCACUUAACAGCUUUGUCCUGCAGAGUUCCUUUUGGAUCGGUGAUAUUUCAAGGCUCUGUGCAAGCCUGAGCUGCAGCUCUGGAACAGAGAAGGAGUUUGGCAUGGUGGGACAGCUGGGAUUGCUGGAGACAGAAGGGGUUUGUCUCUGACCCUAGUUGGUGCUGGGAAGCUUAUUGUGCAAUGGGACUUGGUGCUGAUGUGGACUAGUCUGAAUCUUCAACCAUUCUUGGAAAAGAGGCUCCAGGGGAUGCUGGUGGGUAUAGAAAAGUCUCUAAGGUCUGGGAGAAGACUGGAGGAUUACGGUUAGAUGGGAAAUUUUGGUGGUGAAGGAAGAUCUGUAGGGUAAGUGUUUGGGAGGAUUUCAGGGGAGAAGGAAUGUGCUGGGAGGUGCUGAGGAUCGCUCAGAUGGUGCUGGCAUGAAACCAAGGUGUGACUUGGUGAGGAAGGACUCUGGAAAGGAUGUGCAGUCUUACAGCUCUCCCAGGGUCACUGCAGAGGGUCAGCCUUCCCUGAUGUGUGCAGAAGGUUAUCUUCAUACGGUCUGCAUGUGGCUAAGGCAGAGACGGGUUCUUCUGGAUUAGCUCCUUUUUAGAUACAUUGUCUCACUUCAUGAGCAUGUCCAGGUGUAACAAAAGCCCUUCUGCUUCAUGAAUGUGAGCACAACCUAAAAACGAAUCAGUCCAGCCAUGUUCUGUGGGAAGGACAAGCAUGCUGUAACAGUGCUGCAAUGCAUUAAAACUGUAGAAUACUUUCUAGUGGUGUUUGCUAAGUUUAGCUGCCUAAUAGUUCUCUCCCGAUUAGUUUUGAGCAUCAAACUGCACUGAGUCAUACCAGAGAGCUUUUUCUUUCUAGCCCUGAGCUUUUGGCCUUCUUUACAGUAAAACACAUCAAGAGUAACUAAAAAUCACACCAGUUCCUCAUUUGCAUGAGAGAUGACUAACCAUGACAGACUGAGAAUCCCCAAACUGGGACAGUGUUGUGUGUGUAACUCCCCAUCUUAUUUGUCUGCUGGGACCAUUCACACAAGGAUAUGUUAAAAUCAAAACUGGUACCUGUUGAUCUGAGAACAUCCUUUGCUUCCUUCCCCACUCUGUCUCAGGAGCUGGCAUUAAUUACCCCUGUCCUGUGGAGCGGUUGUCUCUGUGGUCUGCAAACCAAGACACUAUGAACACCCUGCUGCACACGCUGUCACUAUAAAACAGUUACUCUUUUAAUUUAAAUGUUUUAUGAAUAUAGUUGUUGUUUUCCCUCUGUUUGUCAGUUACCAGUGGGAGGGGAGGGAAGGGGGCGGGAGAAUAUGUGCAUGCAAAUGUAUUUAAAGUGCAUUGACCAAAGGGUUUUUUUGAAUCUGUGAAGUUUUCAUAUCUGUGAAGUCAUCAGACUGCUGGGCAGUGAGGAGCCGCUGGUGCUGCUGAGUCUGUCUUGGUUACAUUUCUUAAUAAGCAUUAAAAUAUUAAAAUAUAUUUGUAAAAGA